UGUGCCCAGAGUCACCGCGAUGAUGUGCCACCGAAUCGCAGCUCUCCUGAUCGUCGGAUCCGGCGUGUCGUCCGCGUUCGUACAAUCCUCCAACCAGCAGUCCAGCCAUCAAUCGCAGUCCAGUUACAGCAGCGGCUCGUCACAUCAAAGUGGCCAUUCCUACAGCUACACCAGUAAAUCGGUCCGCGGUCCAGGCUACAGUUACAGUUACAGUUACUCCGAUGGCGGGUCGCCGCUGUUCUUGCCCAUAUACGCUUCGGAAUUCCACACGUACACGCCGCUGUUCCUCCCGUUGAUCGACUUUGACCUGGACUUCGACCUGGACGACAUCGACGAUUUAGACUUUUUAAUCGACACCGACCUGGACUUGGAUUUGGACCUGGACUUCCCCGGCCUCGAGUACGGUCUCGGUUACGUGGGCAAAUACGGACACUUGUACAGAAUACCGAGGUACGGGCUGUCCCGGUUGUACAACAAUCUCGACGGAGAUUUGGAUUUUUGGAAUUACGGAGGACGUUACGGAUACUCCGACUUGAACAGCCCAUCGUUGUUCGGAUCAUUACUAAGUUUUUUCAAAUAAACAGCUGAUAGCAAAACA